AUGCAAGUGAGACCCGCAAAUGCGAGAAUUCAAGAUAUCAUCUAUGAAUAUAAACAACGUGCAGUCAAACGAAGAGGAGAGAAGUUGGCAGCAUCACAUAGAGUGGUCAAACGAAAAGUUACAGAGGUGUUAAUGAAAAAUACUAAUAAUCAGUACAAGUGUCGUGGGUGUGGAAAAUAUUUCAAACCACAAGGAAUUACAAAUCAUGUAAAAGCACGUCCUGUUGCUAAAGUUGGUGUUCGAAGAACAAUAUUAAGUGUUAGCAGCAAUUUCUGA